AUUACGUUGAUUGAACGCCAUUAUUGCUUUGCUGUCAAACCAAUGUAAUAUCCAAUAAAAUUUGAGCUUUUUAAAAUUAACAGGAAGCCGUCUUCAUAUAACAGACAACGGGCGAGAACUUAUUUCGAUUUCUUGUAAUAUUAUGGCUCAAAAUAUCAACCCUCACUACGCAUCGUCAUCUAAUCCCGCCAAACAGAGCGAGGAUACGAUAAAAUUGAAAGACAAUCAUGCAGUUAGCAAACGAUUGCAGAAGGAACUAAUGGAGCUGAUGCGAUGCGCUGACAAGGGAAUAUCCGCUUUCCCAGAGAGCGAGAACCUUUUCAAAUGGAUAGGAACAAUUAACGGUCCUCAGGACACGGUUUAUUCUGGUCACAAAUACAAACUAUCCCUCGAAUUCCCCAAUUCAUAUCCCUAUGCCCCGCCUGUAGUUAAAUUCCUGACACCCUGUUUUCAUCCGAACGUGGAUACGUGUGGAUUAAUAUGUCUAGAUAUCUUAAAAGACAAGUGGACGGCUCUCUACGACGUUCGCACGGUGCUGCUGUCUAUCCAGAGUUUGCUGGCGGAGCCGAACACUCAAAGCCCUCUCAACCAGCAGGCCUCGUACCUGUGGCCUAACCAGCCCGCCUAUAAGAAAUAUUUAGAAGAAUUUUAUAAUAAACAUAAAGAUUCAUAGUCUGAUUGUUAGUCAUGUUUAUAUUGUGUUUAUGUGUUAUAUUAUUUUGUGAAUGCCCGAGUGAUUGACCGGUGAAAGUAGACAGUCUCUGUAUUUUCAAUUCUAGUUAUUUAUUUUAUCUUUUUUGUUCAGUUUUGUUUACCGUCUCAACUUUUUGUGUAACAAUAGUAAUAAAAAAAAUACUAAAACUACAAUCACUUUAAAUAGAAACAUUGUCUCCGGUUUAUUCAGAAAUCAUUUUCUGAUUUUGUUCUCUUAAUGUUUAUUUUUUUUUCAGUUGGAUGUAAAUAUAUUUUUCUUAACCUGUUGCUUUCCACCUCAAAUUGUGAAGAGAAUGAAUAUGUAUAUUGAGAUCGCUGACUAAUACAAUUAUUUAGUUCAAUUA